AUAGGCCAUGUGCAGUCCCAGCUCAGCAGCCUGUCUGUACCACACCGCUGUCCUCAAACGUCCAGGCGUUAUAUCAUUCCGUCUUGCAGACUCGUAGCAGCCGCAAGCUUUCACCUCAAAAAUGUUUCGUUUACCCACAGUCAUGAAGCAGGUGAGGCCUGUGUGCCGGGCGCUGGCUCCUCACCUAACACGUGCGUACGCAAAGGAUGUGAAGUUUGGCGCUGAUGCCCGGGCGCUGAUGCUGCAGGGAGUCGACCUGCUGGCUGACGCUGUAGCUGUCACGAUGGGCCCGAAGGGCCGCACAGUCAUCAUCGAGCAGAGCUGGGGCAGCCCAAAGGUCACCAAGGACGGCGUGACGGUAGCCAAGAGCAUCGACCUGAAGGACAAGUACAAGAACAUCGGUGCCAAGCUGGUGCAGGAUGUGGCUAACAACACCAAUGAGGAGGCCGGAGACGGCACCACCACCGCCACAGUGCUCGCCAGGGCCAUCGCCAAGGAGGGCUUUGACACCAUCAGCAAGGGCGCCAACCCCGUGGAGAUCCGCCGUGGUGUCAUGACGGCCGUUGAAUGUGUUAUUAAUGAACUGAAGGAGCUCUCCAAGCCUGUCACUACACCGGAAGAGAUUGCACAGGUCGCUACAAUCUCAGCCAAUGGAGACGUGGAGAUCGGUAACAUCAUUUCCAAUGCCAUGAAGAAAGUUGGCCGCAAAGGUGUCAUCACAGUCAAGGACGGGAAAACUCUCCACGACGAGCUGGAGAUCAUCGAGGGCAUGAAGUUUGACCGAGGUUACAUCUCCCCAUAUUUCAUCAACACUGCCAAAGGUCAGAAGUGUGAGUUCCAGGACGCCUACCUGCUGCUGAGUGAGAAGAAGAUCUCCAGUGUUCAGAGCAUCGUACCAGCUCUGGAGAUCGCCAACCAGCACCGCAAACCGCUGGUCAUUGUGGCUGAAGAUGUGGAUGGAGAGGCACUCAGCACGCUCGUCCUCAACAGGCUGAAGGUGGGUCUGCAGGUCGUGGCUGUUAAAGCACCGGGCUUUGGAGACAACAGGAAGAACCAGCUGAGGGAUAUGGCCGUUGCCACUGGGGGCACUGUGUUUGGAGACGAGUCUCUUGGUCUUGCUCUGGAGGACAUCCAAGCUCACGACUUUGGUAGAAUUGGCGAGGUGCAGAUCACCAAAGACGACACUCUGCUGCUGAAGGGAGGAGGAAACCCCGCUGACGUCGAGAAACGUGCUGCAGAGAUCGCCGAGCAGCUGGAGAGCACAACCAGCGACUACGAGAAGGAGAAACUCAACGAGAGGCUCGCCAAGCUGUCGGACGGAGUAGCUGUACUCAAGAUUGGAGGAACGAGUGAUGUAGAGGUGAACGAGAAGAAGGACAGAGUGACAGACGCGCUGAACGCCACACGAGCAGCUGUGGAGGAGGGAAUUGUACCCGGAGGGGGCUGUGCUCUGCUGCGCUGCAUCCCGGCACUCGAUGGCAUCAAAGCAGCAAACUCGGACCAGAAAAUUGGUGUGGACAUUAUCAGACGGGCACUCAGGAUUCCAGCCAUGACGAUCGCUAAAAAUGCCGGCGUGGAGGGUUCUCUGGUGGUGGAGAAGAUCCUUCAGGGAUCAGCUGAGCUUGGCUACGACGCCAUGCAGGGAGAGUACGUCAACAUGGUGGAGAAGGGCAUCAUCGACCCUACCAAGGUGGUGAGGACUGCCCUCCUGGACGCUGCUGGAGUUGCCUCCCUGCUCUCUACUGCAGAGGCCGUUGUCACAGAGAUCCCUAAAGAGGAGAAGGAGAUGCCCGCAGGUGGCAUGGGAGGAAUGGGCGGUAUGGGUGGAAUGGGAGGAAUGGGCUUCUAAACGGAUUGCCGUGACUUGCUGUACAGACUCAAAGGCAGGAGGAGGGUGGUGGCUGAUGAGGGACAAAAAAAACCUCCAAAAAAGCCGCACCCGCCUCCAGCAAACUUCGGCCACACUGACUGAUGAAGGUGACGGAGCUGAAAACGGUCGGCCUCCCUCUCCCCUCCCCCCUCUCUUCUUCUGUUUGUGGAGGAAUAAACUCUAAUCCAUUGUUCGUCUGCACAAAACCGCCGUUAGAGAAGAAGAAACUAACAUAGCAAACACACAAUGAUGAAGCUCUGUAUUACAGCAGAGUGUGAUGAGAAAACAUAGCCAGGAUUGUCUGUUCUUUAUUUUUGUCAUGUUAAUUCUUGUUUUUUUAUAUAUUUUUUUUUUCUCUCAGAUAAAAUAAUGUGAGGUUAAAUCUGUCAUUUGAUUUAAUUAAAUAAGUUUUCUUACAGAA